CGACGCAGCCGUUAGCGCCGCGCGGCCGCCGCGCCCCGCCAUGUUCAACGUAGAGAGCCUGGAGCGGGCCGAGCUCGGCGAGAGCCUCCUCACCUGGAUCCAGACCUUUAAUGUUGAGGCACCAUGCCAGACCGUGGAAGAUUUAACGAAUGGGGUUGUGAUGGCCCAGGUUCUUCAAAAAAUAGAUCCAGCUUACUUUGAUGAAAACUGGUUAAACAGGAUCAAAACAGAAGUAGGAGAUAAUUGGAGGCUAAAGGUAAGCAACCUGAAGAAAAUUUUAAAAGGGAUAUUAGAUUACAACCAUGAGAUUUUAGGGCAACAGAUUAAUGACUUCACCCUUCCUGAUGUUAACCUCAUUGGAGAGCAUUCUGAUGCUGCAGAGCUUGGAAGAAUGCUUCAGCUCAUUUUGGGAUGCGCUGUGAACUGUGAACAGAAGCAAGAGUACAUCCAGACUAUAAUGAUGAUGGAAGAAUCAGUUCAACAUGUUGUCAUGACAGCCAUUCAGGAGUUGAUGAGUAAAGAGUCUCCAGUCUCUGUUGGAAAUGAUGCUUACGUUGACCUUGAUCGUCAGCUGAAGAAAACUACAGAAGAAUUAAAUGAAGCCCUAGCAACAAAAGAAGAAAUUGCCCAGAGAUGUCAUGAGUUAGAUAUGCAGGUUGCUGCCCUUCAGGAGGAGAAGAGCAGUUUACUUGCUGAGAACCAGAUUCUGAUGGAACGUCUGAACCAAUCUGAUUCUAUCGAAGAUCCCAACAGUCCUGCAGGUCGUAGGCACUUGCAGCUGCAGACCCAGUUAGAACAACUCCAGGAGGAAACAUUCAGAUUAGAAGCGGCCAAAGAUGAUUAUCGAAUACGCUGUGAAGAACUAGAAAAGGAAAUUGCUGAAUUGAGACAACAGACGGAAGAGCUUACCACAUUGGCAGAGGAGGCUCAAUCUUUGAAGGAUGAGAUAGAUGUACUAAGGCAUUCAUCUGAUAAAGUGGCCAAAUUAGAAAGCCAGGUAGAAUCAUACAAAAAGAAAUUAGAAGACCUAGGUGAUUUACGACGGCAAGUAAAACUCUUAGAAGAGAAAAAUACAAUGUACAUGCAAAAUACCGUGAGCUUGGAAGAAGAACUAAGGAAGGCUAACGCAGCACGCAGUCAGCUGGAGACAUAUAAGAGACAGGCAGUUGAACUACAAAACAGAUUAUCUGAAGAAUCCAAGAAAGCUGAUAAAUUAGAUUAUGAAUGCAAACGGCUGAAAGAAAAAGUAGACAGCCUCCAAAAAGAAAAAGAUAGGUUAAGAACAGAAAGAGAUUCUUUGAAAGAAACUAUUGAAGAACUCCGAUGUGUACAAGCACAGGAAGGUCAACUCACCACUUCAGGUUUAAUGUCCCUAGGAAGCCAGGAGCCUUCAGAUAGUUUAGCAGCAGAAAUUGUUACUCCUGAAAUCAAGGAGAAACUCAUUCGCCUUCAGCAUGAGAAUAAGAUGUUAAAGCUGAACCAAGAAGGUUCUGACAAUGAGAAGAUCGCCUUGUUGCAAAGCCUACUCGAUGAUGCAAAUUUACGGAAGAAUGAACUGGAGACAGAGAACAGGUUGGUAAAUCAGAGACUUCUAGAAGUACAGUCCCAGGUUGAAGAACUACAGAAAUCUUUGCAGGAUCAAGGUUCAAAAGCUGAAGAUUCAAUUCUUCUGAAAAAGAAACUAGAAGAACAUCUUGAGAAGCUCCAUGAAGCGAACAAUGAGCUACAGAAGAAGCGAGCUAUUAUUGAGGACUUGGAACCAAGAUGUAAUAACAGUUCACUGAAAAUUGAAGAAUUGCAAGAAGCGUUGCGGAAAAAAGAGGAAGAAAUGAAGCAAAUGGAAGAGCGAUACAAAAAGUAUUUGGAAAAGGCUAAAAGUGUCAUCCGUACCUUAGAUCCUAAACAAAACCAAGGUGCAGCUCCUGAGAUUCAGGCUCUGAAAAAUCAGUUGCAGGAACAGGACAGAUUAUUUCAUUCAUUAGAGAAAGAAUAUGAAAAAACAAAGAGUCAAAGAGAAAUGGAGGAGAAGCUUAUCGUUAGUGCCUGGUACAAUAUGGGAAUGACUCUGCAUAAAAAAGCAGCAGAAGACAGACUGGCUAGUACAGGCUCGGGACAGUCCUUCUUGGCUAGGCAAAGACAAGCCACGAGCACAAGGAGAUCUUACCCUGGUCAUGUCCAGCCAGCAACAGCAAGCAAUACGAAAACAUCUACUGAAGUCUGUUAACUGCAUAUAAGUUUUCCUUUUAUUCCUCAAGUUUGGAAAUAACUGAUUUUCUUAAAACUCUCCUUAAUAAUUCAGCAUACCUCAUGUCUGGACUUAUGUAUGCAAGAUUAGAUGAGAUAGGGAAAAUAAUUCAUGUCCAGAAAAGUAACAAUGUAUUUCUAUAUCUCAGUAAGGUGAUGAUCAUUUUGCCAUGUUUUAAUGAGAAACAGUGCUAAACGGAAAGAAGUCACAGAUUAUCUAGCAAGAUGAUUGCAGUUUUUGUCUUUUGUGAAGUCUUUAUCUGAUCUUCUUGUACACUCCAUUUUAAUCAUUGAAGAGCUUAUUACUGCAGGUUAUAUGUGCAAUGUAGUUCGUGUGAUAAUUUCUCUCCAUGAAUUUGGUGUUCUUGAUUACAGUACGGUGUUUUAUAUCACCCAGAGAAAGAACCCAAUAAUAUUUAAAACUUUAUUUUUAUCUGGCCAACUCUGUCAGUUACCAACCUGCCAAAGCCUAUUUGUGAAAGAAAGGGAUACCAAGACUUUAUUGGGAGUGUUUUUCUCUUAAAUUUAUCUAAUUAUUUAAUUUACUUUUGCUGUAAUCAGAUGCAUGUCUAAAGUAAGUGGAAUACAAAUUACACCCUAGAAUAAAAACACUUUCGUAUAUUGUUGUAACAUUUGUUUUACUAUUUUGCCUCCCAGGCUUUGCACAUAGGCAGAGGUCUCUGACGGGUUAGGCACUGAACAAACACUGAUUAGAACCUUUUGGCUUUUACUUUUCUCUCUUUCAUUGCUUCGUCCUCUUCUUGGCACUUGUUGCUUUUUUGUGUUUUGAGGUGUCUCCUCUUUUUUACCUUUCAUUUUCCUAUAAGAUAACAUAGCAGUGUUUUCCAUAGUUCCCUCCAAGAAAAAAAAGUCUAUUUCAUCACUGAUUACAUAGGAGCAAAAAAGGAGUAGUUUUCCCAGAAUUGUGUUAUAUUUAAAAACAUAAAAUCAUACUACAAUCUUACAAAAAUACCUGUAAAGAUAAUCUGUUUAUAUCCAGUUUUGGUAGGUCUUCUAAUGAUAGUAAUUGGUAGAAUUUUAGUCUCUUGUUUUUAGCAUUUGCUGCUGUUACUUACUCCAUAUGUCAGUUCUUAAUCCUUGAGUGUGGAUGGUUCUCUUGAAUGCAGGCAGUGAACGUCAUUAAAUCUUCCCUAUAAUGAGAAUUUCAUUCUUUUUUUUUUUUUUUUUUUUUAUGUUAUUGUUCUAUUUAAGGCAUCUUGCUAGUUAGGUAGCCUUGUAAGUAGUGUGGUAUUUGAAACAGUGGCUCAGAGCAUAACUUCAGGGAGUAAAAACCUGUACAGAUGAACUACUAAUGAACAUCUCUUUUAUGCCUUCAAUAAUACAAGAACAUAAGCAAAAAACCUGCAAAACAGAAUUCUCUCAGUGCAAUAACUACUUAUAAAAAGCUUAUUAAAAGAUUUCUUGUGUGAGAUAAAAAACUAUUUACAUUAAAAUUAUAUUGAUUAAUUAUUAUAUCACCAUUGUAUACUAUCCUUAUAAACUACAAAAUAUCUUAACAGAAGAUCUUAAAGAGAAAAGGUUCUUCAGGGUGAGUGAUAACACAGCUGAAGAAUUCAUAAGAAUACAUUCCUAAGUCUUGUGCCAAGGAUCUGUCCAGAAGGAUAUUUUCCUGGAGACUUGAAUUAAAUGUCAAUAAAAGAUGACAGUUGAAUGCACAUAUAUGCUUACUGUUCAAGAGCUGGAGCUUAGUUUCUGGUCUUCAAGGAUGAGUGUUUUCCUCAGUUUGUGUACUUCCAUGAAGACUUAACUCUAGCGUAUAUAAAUAGACAUUAUAAAAAAGAAUAUUCAUGUACCCCAUUUUCCUGAUAUCAACACUACCACUUGAAUCAUGACGUAUAUUUUCCGAAUAUUGGAUAAACUUAGUUUAAAUUGAAGAUAGUGUGUCCCACCUGUAAUGCAAAGGAAAAUAUACUGUUAGAGCAUGCAGCUAUACAUGUUGUACAGUGGCUACAAAGUACUUCCCAUUAUCUUCUCAAAAAUAAGUUGCUGGGACUCCUGUGCUGUUCUGAUGUCACUUGAGUUUGUAGUAAUACAAAGUUUUGUGGCUUUCUGUUUGUUUGAGGAGCACUAGCAAAUUUAUAUUCAUUGCAUUUGAAAGAAUUUACAUUGACUGUUGCUGUUGCUGCUUUGUGAUAAUUUUAAUGUUAAGUGGUAUGUGCAAGCUGUCACAAAAAGUUAGGAGGAUCUGGCGGUUUUAGAGUCCCCUGUGUUUUAACAUGUGCAAGUAGCUUUUUCUUUUCCUCAGUUCUCUUGUGUAUGAGACUCUCCACUUGUUAGCUUCCUAGAAUACUUUUAGUGAGUUUGAUUAUGUUGAUGUGUUGAUGUUUUUGGUAGAUAUGGUAAUUGCAAAAUAUUAUCAUCUUCACCACUUGAUUUUCCUCAAGUUAAUGACUGAGAGGAAAAAUGUCCUGAAAGUGGCUAUUUUUUUUCUCCUGAAGCAAGCAGUACCUGAAUUUUACUAUCUUUGUGGAGAUUUUUUUCUUUCUCAGACAUCCUGACUUUUUGCAAGGGUUGAUGAGGGAAGUAUUUUUGCACUCAGAGUCAGAUAUUUAAUUCUGACUUUUUGUGGAUUUUUGCACAUGUGUGUUAGGUAGAAUAUGGACUUUGUGUUUAGCAGUAAUGUAUUGACAAACCAAGGUUAGCUAAUUUUUCAGGCCUUUUUCUCACCUAUAUUGUGUGAAUAAAUAACUGAGAGAGGUUUCUCUGUCAGGAAAUACUUUCAAGUGUGUAUUGUCUUUUAAAUCAAGUAGUCAUACUGCAGAGAUGUCACAGAAUAGUUCAGAAACUGAAUUAUGACAGAACUGUGAUUUCAGGAAACCAAGAGCUUAUAAAGAAAUCUUUUCAUUAACCAUUCCUUAGAACAACCGUAUUAGUUGAGGCUGGCAGUAUGACACAUUCAGCAUUCUGUUAAAAUGAAAAUGUGAAUCAUUUAAAAUUUUACAAUUUAAAUGUCAGAUAAGCAGGAAGUGUGAUGAAUCAGGUUUUUAGCCUCAAUGACUGCAUACAGCUCGGACAUGCAUCCCUUCCCAGACCUGAGCAGUCCAGCCCCAUUCUGGGUUGGCUUUAUGCCUUUUGUCAGAAGGAAGAAGUGAAACCUUGCAUGAUCUCACAGGGUAGGGUUGGAGCAAGGAAUGGAUACAGUAAGCCUUGCUUGCACUCAGAACAUCUCCACAAGCCAACUUCACAUCAGCAAGGGUGAAGAGAUGUCGAAUUAUAUGUAAGAUCCUAGCCACAUCUCCAGCUUGUCAUGCUCAAGGGUUUAGAGAAUUUGCUAGCUAUACUGAUUGUGUUGCCUUGCUCCUGUGGUGUUUCUUCCCUCUCUGGAAGUCCAAAAAAGCAGGAAAAGCUUCUUGGUGAUUUUGCAGACUAUAAAUAAAAAUAAGAGGUGAUUUUCUCUGAAGGGGGAGGAGGCAGAUGCAUAUGCAACUGUUCAGAGUAGCUCAUUGGGUACAAAAAUCUGAAGACAAGUAUGUCUGUCAGCGUGUAGCUAUGUGGCUAUAGUUUGAAAUCCUGAUGAAACAAAAAUAAGUUUUGCAAGUGUUCUCCUUUUGAUUAAUGAGUUGUAGUUGACUAAAUAUUGGAAGCUUUCCCUAUGUGAGUAAGUCUGAAAUUGUCCUUAUCAGGCUCUGCAACCUAAAGACUUCUUUUAUCUGAUACAGGGAAUCCCUGGAGAUUUUUUUCUGCUGUCAUUCUCACUGUGUUAUUUGGAGAUCCUGGUCACUUCUGUAGUUUUGUCUUUUUUCUUUUUUCUUUGACUAGUUUUAUGGGUUCAUGGAAAACUGGAGCACAAACGUGUUCUGCUGUUUGUUGUUGUUUUUAUUUUUAAUCAGCUCAUUGAACUAGGUGUUAAAUGAAUGUAGAUAGAAAAGCCCAAUAAAAUUUAGCAAGCCCACAAUCCCAUGGGACAUUGAAGGAACACCUUGCAGUAUAGCCAGUGCAGCUUCCUAAACAAUUUGUUUUGGUAUCAAAUCACAGCUAGUGGAUCAGUACGAGCUCAUGAUAAAUACUGUAGUUGCUGUCCUUGUGUACUAGAAGCUAAAUGCAUGUUUUCACAAUUAAGUUUAUUAUGGCUCAGGUUCCACCCUUCAUUUGUUGGCCUUGCCAAGGUAAUGGGAUUGUUCUGAAGCAGGUCUCUGCAUAAGCUGGCUAAGAUGGUGAAACUAGAAUUUCCUUUGUUGCUGUUUGCUAUGAAUGUGCAAGUCACUUGUAAAAUUGCUAGCAUAACUUUCAGUCUCUCUGUCACUGCAUGUUGAAUCCAGACUGAAAGCAGAUCCCAUCUGUCAGUCAGAAAAAAGUCUCCUGCUGCUGUUCUGUUGCUACUGGUAUUGGAGCAUGAUCUGAACAACAUGAAAAGCGUUGCUAGUGGAGGCUAUACCAGGACAGUCAGAAGCCUUUCCUGUCACAGAAGACCUAGUGACGUUAUAUAGAUUAGGUUAUUUUGCAAAUGGAAUUUGAAUCCCUAAUGAUGAAAUUGGCUUUGAAAAGAGAAAAUCUGCAUGAAGGCUGAUUACUAGCAUGUUAGCAUGCUUGCAUAGUUAGCAAGAUCAUUAAAAUGAGUAGGAUUUCAAGAGAGAAUCCCAGAGUAAAACUUACCAGAUGAGAAGAUAGUUGUAAUCGAAAGCUUUGGAUUCAUAGUUGACCUGCUUUGAAUUUGAAUAAACAGUAUUGUUUAUGUAAUUUGAAGUUUUACAGAAGUAUUAGAUAAUGUCUCAGUUAUCAAAGGGUAGUAAGCGGGAGGGUGAGCAUAUUUCCAGUUACGAGAAGUGUCUUAAAGCUUUCAUUUAGCAGUGCCACUAAAAUAUUGGAACAUGACAUUGCAAGGUUACACUUUUUGAAUGUAUAAUGUAUUUUGUAUUCAGGGAUUAUAAGAGUUAUAAAAAUGAAAGUGGUGGUAAUACAGCACUGGAAGGUACUAUGUCAAGAAACUCUUUUAAAAAGUCUGUAAAGGAAACACCAUAGUAGAGCAGAAAGGUGGAAAACAAAUAUAACAGUGAAAGUCAGUAAGUAAUGAAGCCAGGGAUUCUGCAAGAAAAAAAAUCUGGAGGCAGAUAAUUUAAAGAAGGACUUUGGUAGAAAUAUUUGAGAAGGCAUAUACUGCUGGCAUGAAAGUAGACUGUUGCUCUGAUGGCUUUGCUGAUUGUGCUGUAGGGUAGUACGUGGAGACAACGGAUCACUGGCUAUGGAAAGCCUGGUCCGUCUUACAACCAAAAACAGCCUAAUCAGAAGAAAAGUAGUUGCUUAGAGAGGAUGCAUGCUCAUUGCUACAUCUGAUUUGUCUUGUGUGAAAGUGCUUUGAAUUAAAAGUUCUUGUGUUGAUAGGUGCCUUCCGAGCUGGCGCGGUGCAAAGGAGAGGUAGCUGAGAUGGGCUGGAGAAGUCCCAGUCAUGUCUGUGCUUUGAAAAAAUGCAGGAGCAGACAGAGAGAGAGAGAAGUUAAGGAAGUUUUAAAGGAAUUAUAAUAACUUGUGAUGAAGUAGAGAAAAUGAGAUUUGGCACUGAAUACUGAAGAGUAAUUUUCACUGAGAAAUAAACCCCUAGGCUAGAACAAGCCUUUAGCAUUUUUAUUAUAUUUCAGGCUGGCAAAGGAAGCAAGAAAGAGGAAGUCCGUAGUCUAUAGACAGAUCCUCUGUUGAACGAAUUGUCUCAUUCUGAGGAAGCCACAGAAGCAAUGACAAGUUGCACUGAGAUCUGAUGUACCCUUAGAUCUCCUCUCCAUAUUUCUCUCAUCUCUUGAAGUGCUGCUGCCUCACCAGCUGGCUUUUAAAAGCAUUGUUUGAUUUCAGGCAAUUUUCCAAAAGAAAUAAGUUAAUGAGCACUUAUUCUAGAACAAGACAAAAGUUUCUAGUCAGAAAACAGCAUUAAUACAUUCUCAGGUGAAUCAGGGUAUUUGUUAUAUUCUUGAAAGAGACCAUAGUGUCUGCAGUUCACAAGAUAUCUUAAAAGUACCAACAACUGAAAGACAAACCUAUAAUGUCAGUUCUGUUAAUGUGCAACAGGAUGCACGAAGUGCUACUACAUGGUAAAUCAGAACUAGGUCAUACCUAGGUGAGAGUAUUUGUUGAUACAUGGUAGGGCAGAUACACACUUGCAUAGCUUGAACAUUUAAUCUUUUUUUUUUUGUAGUCUAACUGCCAUAAUCUUCAUGUUAUUAAUCCUGAACUCGUUAACUUCAUGCACACAAGCAAUGUUAUGCAAGCACAAUAGCACACUUAUGCCAUUCAAAGUACAACUUGGGAGUGUAUUUUGAGUAGUUAUGUCCGAGCUUGAAGUAUUUUCUGUUUUUAUUUCAUUUGAUUUAUUGUACCUGUCCUUCCUAUGCACUUUCCAAUUUUGGUUAGUGUUCUGGGUUGGUGAAUGAGAAGGUAAAGGGAGGGAUACAUAGACUACUUGAUUUGUAACUGAAAGACUAUGUUUUGUUUUUCUUUUCACUCUUUGACUUUAGUUAUAAAUGUUUUUCUGAAUGUGUUUAACCUGGAUUUUUCUUGUUACAGGAACUGGUCUGAGAAUCAUUUUUAAUUAGUGCAGUACUUCAGAGGGGAAGGGGAGAAGAGAGAUGACUCACACAGUGUGAUUUCAGUCUUGUGAAACUUUUGCUUUUUGCAUCACUGUGAGAUGGAAGGAAAAUGUAUUGAACAGACAGUGCUCUGCCAUGCUGUGUAGAGGCAUUUGUGUUAUGUGGGUGACCUGAAACCACUGUAGCAGUGUUAGCAAAGCAUUGCACCUGUCUGAUUACACUGGCCAAGAAAGGGUAUAUUAGGAAGGAUGGAGCAGUAUACCAAUCCGGCCUCUUCUAUUCCAAAGUUAGACUUGCUUGCUUUGCAUCAUGAUGUGCUCCCUGAACUAUGCAGUGGCUCCUACGUGGCAUCUUUGAAUUGGAAUUUUGCAGCUGAGUUGGAAUCCUGUAAUUUCCCUGUAGUUAAAAACUGUGUUUGUGUGAAAGGCAUCAAGCUUGCUAGCGUAACAUGGCAGUGAUGCAAUUUUAGCAUCAUGCACAGGAUUAACCUUGAAAAGUAAAUGCCUAAGGAGUCUCCUGAGGUGCUUGGAGCUUGCAGGCUCACACAGAGUCAUUAUGACCCUGAUUGUCUUUUUCAUAUAGCCACAAACAGUAUUGGACAAGCACCUUUCACUUCAUAGUCUGUUUUUUGAAUCAGUCAGACUCACAGACAGCAGGAAUGACCAACCAAUUUUCAUAGCUCUAUGAAUUUAAUUUCCAUGGCUGUGUAAAUUGAGAGUGGUGUGCUUUGGGAUUGUACUGGAAAGUAUUGAAAUCUGAUUGAAUUUAGACAUUGUUCAAAGCUCUUUUUUUUUUUGCUCCUUCCAAUUUUUGUCACCUAAUCUUUGUUAAGCUGAAGAUUUGGCCUAGCGAAGAUGUUUCCUCCAUGAAUUUGCACAAUCUUAAGUAAAGAUGGACUUACUACGCUACUUUGAAAAUGCCUGUUCUGUUCUCAUUGUAACAGUAAUAUGUUUGCUACUUUUUAACUGUCUUCUUUAUUUUCUUUAUUUGCAGUGAUGUGGUUGCAUGACCUGCAGCAUAUUUUUAACAGGGACUGUUCAGUGCAUGACUUGCUUUUCUGUCCAGACUGCAUAACCAAAACUUAACCAGUUCUGCACUUAAGACUCAUGGGCAUCUGAUUUCAAAGAGAGAGAUCCACUUGCAGAGAAACUUACCAUCUUGGGGAGUGGCUUUCCCAUUUCCCACCUCUAUUUUCUCUCUCUCUUCACAAAAAACCUCCUAUGAGGCUAGAAGAGAUAAAAGCCAGUACUCAGAACUCUACAGAAGUCGUUCCGCAAACUGUCAGAGCACUGUCAGCUCUACGUUUUACUUCUGUCUAUCCACUUAAUUCUGAUUAACAGUAUUAACACAUAGACCUCCUGCAACAUUUUCAUGUACUGAACUGUAAAGUCUAGUUUCAGUGGUUUCAUGAAAGCACCUUUUGGUUAUUGUAACAGUUUUAAAGCAACUGCACCCUUAAUGGAUCAACUUGGAGUCUUUAAUUAAUUAAAAGUAAAGCCAAGGAGGUGUUCUCAGAGGAGAAAUGACUAAUGAAUCGCUGCUUGGCCAGCCCAUCUUCCUUAGAAAACCAGGCAAGAUUCGUCUGAUAAUCUCCGAGCCAGGCAAACUGUUGUGUAGUAUUUUGUUCACAGACACUGCCUGCUUCCUUAUUAUGUAUAUACACAGUAGUUUGUGGCUGUUGUAUUUUUUGUCUACAUUUUAGCUGUGUCAUCAGUUUCUUUGAGACCUUUUUAUCCAGUCUAUGUACAGUUGUUAAACAAUCUGCGGAAAGAACAUGAAUGGAGACAACAAGUAUGUGAAAGCAGUCUGCAAUUUCAAUAUUAUGCAGCUUAUCCUUGCCAGUUUAUAAUUUGGGUUGUUUACCUUUUACCUGUACUAUUAUCUUUUUUUUUUCCUCUUAUCCCAGUCUUAGCUAUUUCAUUUCCAAUUGCACUAGCAUGGCUGUUUCUUUGUAUUAUGAAGUUUUGCUAUAAGAUUUUGCCAUAUAUAGACAGUAUAACUCAAAAUGCUUUGUGCUGCCUAUAUUAAUUUAAAAUGCUGCUUAUUUAAUAUUCUUAAAUAUCUGCACAUUUGUACUACUGUAUUUUCGUUUUGUGUUGGACAUCCAGUGCUGGCAAGAUUCAGAAGAUGAGCAAGUGCUGUUGUGUUCUAGAUUGACAUUUAUUGUAUAGGAGUUAGUGUGUAACAUAUGGGGGAAAGGGCUUUUAAGCCAUAGGACUUGCCAAAAAAUCUGAAAUGAAUGAAUAAUGAGUACUUUAUGUGGCUUGAUUAAAGUCCAGUUUUAGAGAAACCUCAUUCUUGCUCACUUGAAUCUUAGUCCUGCAAAAAUACAAACCUGUGUUUACUCUGCUUACUCCAAGAACAGCUUUGUGUGUUCAGGCCCACAGUUGUAACCACGAGCCCCAUUUUUCUUGUGAGCACUCCUGUGCUGGAGAAGUGUUGUCCGAUAGUCUCUGCAGUCACUUCCAGUCACGAAACAGAGCAUGUCCCUGGGCUGCCAGAGACGGCUCUGGGCAAGGCUGCACCUCUUGCUCUGAGUUUCUUGCGCUCAUUUGGUGCAGAGACCCCAAUACCCACUGUCUCGGUAGCCAUAUGCAGAAUGACUUGAAGAAGAAACAGGUCACAUCCCCACCUCUAUUUUCACAGGAAAGGAAUACCCCUCAGUGAGAGGAAGGGCAGGUAAGGACCAGGCUCCAAGCUGGCUGCAGGAGAUGAACAUUAAGAUCCCAGAGCGAGCAUGAGGCUUGCUCUCUCCUGAGCAAGUAGAGGCAGAUUGAGGAGCCUGUGGAUGCCAGAUACUGCUCUUUGGCCAACAGCAGUUUGGGAGGAGUUUAGGAGAUGGGUACAUGACCUUCCUGAUCCACCAGGAUCCAGGAGUGGUGAAGUCUGACUUGGCCCUUAGGAAGGAUCUGAGGCCUGAGCAGGGAUGUGCCAUGUGUUCCCGCAGCGGAGGUGGAAGCAUUUCAAUCAGACCAAAUCCCGUGGAGCACUAAAGGAUUUGGGUCUUCUCCACCCCUAGUUGUAGAUCCUUUAUUAAGCCUUAGAGCAAGCUGUAUUAGCAAAACCUCUCUUUUUGGUGCCUACAGCAUGGUUUGCAUCGCAUUUGCAAGUGCUGCUGUGCUGGGGACCAUGCGCCUUCCGCAGGCCUCACUGGUGCGGGACUCCCAAAGCAGGUGUUUCUGUACGUGGUGGAGGGUGGCUGGCUUUGCUGCGCCUAUCUGAGCAGGUGUCCUGGGGUGAAGCGGGGUUCACUUCUCCAAGUGCUCCACGCACGUUAGAGACAACGUAUCGAUUGUUCUUGAGCUUGAAGUCAUUUAUAGGUAAGUGUGUUUAGCUUGACAAAAGUUAUCAGCAGAGAAAUGCCAGGUGGAGCCAGUAACUUUCAGCAAAUGAGCUGGCUAUUUGAAUUAGCUUAGCCUAGUAUCUCUGUCAUGUUUUUGCCAGCUCACAAUGCAGAAGUGAUCUCCAGCAUGACUGAUAUACUAACUUCAUUUGUGCUACAUAGAAGACUCUUUUACUUUCUUAAUAACAGCUUGUUUGACAGUCCUGAAUUAAGUGUUGACCAAUUAUCAAAGUAACUGUUUGUGAAAUUGCCAGUGAUACAUUUUUUUCUGUAAGAGAAUGGAUUCCUAGAGUGUCAAAAUAUUGAUUUCCCAUUUCAGUUCACCUAUGAAUUCUGUAACUACCAGAUUGUCAUGGUAGCAGUAUUAAUAUAUACAUAUCUGUAUAUAGACAAAAAAUUCUCAGUAAUGAUCAUUAGAAUUAAAACAUUUAAUAUUUUUCCCAGUGAAAUAUACUAAUGCUUCCAAGGUUACCGAAGAGUGUACAGUUGUUAAACAAGUUGUAAAUAAAGGCUUAUAUAAAAUGUAA